AUGUCGGACACAGAACUGGAUCCUAGUGAAAUACCAGAGGAGCCUAAAGCGGAUGAGGAAGUUAAACAAAAGCUAGUUCUAAUCGAGUUAAACCGACGAAAACGAGCCAGUAAACGUAGCACAACGAAAGCAAGGCAUCAUCUUGAGAAGUUAAUCGUUGAAAAGGCGGAGGUUGAUAUACAGGAACUGGAACAUCGUGUAGAGACACUGUGGCAAAUACUGGAAGAUACACAAGUUAUCAUGGAUGAAAUGUCUGCAUAUUUUAUGGAACAGAAAGAUUUCGAAAGUCAUAAGCUGGUGAUGCAAGAGUCGAAUGAGUUAGAGGGGGAUUGUCAGAAGGUCAUUGAAAAGACACAGGCUGUUAUUGUUAAAUGUGCAUCAGAAAGCUGUGUGCCGAGUCCACCCAUACAGAAAACUGCCCCAAACACAGGGGGUGAAGUAGAAACCGAAGUCACAGAUAAUCAAGGGGUUUCCACUUCCGUAACUGGGAAUGAAGGUGAACUCGACAUAGCUGAUGACGUCACAAACCAGGGCCCCCAGGCAGUGGCUCCUGCAACAUUAGGGGGUAAUGAUCACCUACAACAACCGGCUACCGAGAACAGUAGUUCCACCUCAACGGGGUACCCUAGUCCGCAGCAUGAUAUUACAACAACAAGUAGUGGACAUGGAGAAACUGUUAUUAACCGUCGGCUGAAGCCAUUGAGGGUGCCAACCUUUGACGGAGACAAGAAAAAGUUUGAAGAGUUUUGGGGACUGUUCGUAAGCCUAGUAGAUAUGUCGAACGAACCAACUAGCUUAAAGAUGGCAAGACUCCGCCAAAGCUUAACUGGAAUAGCCCUGGACUCAAUCCGUGGACUUGGUGUGUCAGGGCCUGAGUAUAAGGAGGCCAAGGAGAUUUUAAAUACAAAAUUCGGAGGUCAGAGAAGGCAGCUUCGUGCCUACCUGGAUGAUUUAGAAAGAAUGCACCCCUUACGAGCAGCUGAUGUUCAAGGUUUCGAAAGGUUCGCAGAUCUAGUAAGAGUGACGGUUGUUAAGUUGCAGGCAGAAGGGAAAGUAGGUGAACUUGGAGAUGGAACACUGUACAGUUUGUUGGUCAAGAAGUUGACAGGACACCAGUUAGAAAUUUACACACGAUGGAUGAAUGAGCACAGUAAAGACAGAUCGGUUUUAAGCCUACGAGACUGGUUAAAGGAGGAAGUCUCAAUUAGAGUUGAAGCAAUUGAGAUGGCCCAUGGGAUAGAAUCCGAAGAUUCUGCGCGAUAUAAUCGAAAGCAAUAUCCAACGAAAGGUGGAAGGAGCAAUCCAAGUUCCUUUUUCAUGGCUUCGAACAAUCAACGAAAUUCAGCGUUUAACGAAGACAAAAGGCCAAAACAAAAGCCUCCUUGUGCCUGCUGUAGCGGGCCGUAUCAUGGUAUUUGGGCUUGUCGACAGUUUGAACAAAGAUCGGUGGAACAACGAUGGAACUUUGCCAAAGAGAAACAGCUGUGUUUUCGCUGUUUGAGUAACGAUCAUUGGGGUAAAGAUUGUCGAAGAUCGCAGCCGUGCAAAGUGAAUGGAUGCCAGCUCAAUCAUCACCGUUUGCUACAUCGCCAACCUGUCACUCCACCAUCACCCAUACCACCUUCCCCCCCAGAGUCGUCAUGGGAGGGGGCAGCUUCACGGGAGGGGGCAGGCCCGAGUAACAAAGUGGCAAUGAUGACACAAAGCCACUCAUCCUCCAGAGAGCAGUGUUCAUUACGGACAGUUCCUGUAUGGUUGAAAAACAAUGGAAAGAAGGUCAAGGUCAACGCCAUACUACAUGACGCGUCGAACGAGUCGUUCGUAAACGAACAUGUGGCUAACCUACUAGGUAUUCAAGAAGCGUUUCAGUCUGUUCAAGUUCACGUUUUGAACAAUUCUGUGGAAACAUUUCAGUCCAUGCCUGCAAAGAUUGAAAUUGAAAGUGUCAAUGGUGAUUUUGGCAAAGUUAUCGAG